AUGUCGAGGUUGCCGGAUUCUUUUCUGCCGUCGGGCGCCUUUCAGGACCCGAACGAGUAUCCGCUCUCCCUGUCCGGGCUUGUGUCCAGCCAGCCCAGCUCCAGCUCGGUUAUCUCACCGCUAGCCCUGCCCAGAAAUGCAAACCAGCUCUCGUACUUUGACGAACGCCAGCUCUCCCGACACUCGUCCGCUAGCGCCGCGCUCCCUCAGUCACAGCAACGCCGGUACCUGUCGCCACAGGGCCGCAGUGCGCCAACGGGCCGAGUCCAGCGGUCCACCAGCCUGUCGCCCACGCGCCACAGCCAGCAGAACCAAUACCACAGCCGAGUCAUCUCGCCGACGUUGGCACCCUUAAAUGAGUCGCCCGAGCAGGCCAGCCACCACCUCCAGCGCGUCCUCCUCCAGAACCGCCGACUGCUCGAGAACUGGGAGGCUGAGCGAGCUCACCUCGAGGCCAACCGCUCCCGCGCCGAAGAGAUCUACAAGGAAGAGCGCGCCAUCAUGGACGAGGAUCGCCUGAUUUGGGCCGAGAAGGAGGCACAAUACCUCACAACCAUCAGUGAAUUGGAGCGCGAGAACGCCGAGCUGCGCGAGUCCCUGGCCCGACACACAAACCGUGGCAGCCGCGACUCCGCUGUCGCCGGCAUGGGAGCCGGGAGUUCAGACAUGUCAGAUGUGUCUGCCGUCAAAUUCCGGCUCACAUCCGAUAGCGUGUCGCCGGGCACCACACCGAUUCCUGGGUUGGGCCACACAAUGCCCGAGUCCCAUCCUUUUGAGCCUUUGGACCCUCGAAUGCAGGGCACUUCUCCGCAGAACUCCCCCAACGAGGCACCGAGCAGCAGCCAGGAAAAGAUCCCCUCGAUUGACGUGCAGGAGGUGCACCCUGACCUCGAGGGCAUUCCUCUGAAGACCACGGCAGUCAAGAAGUCGACCUUCAUGGACGGAAAGCCGCCGUCGCCCCCUCUAUCUGGCUCCAAUGCCACCGGCCCAAACUCGAACCAAGGAUCACCAAGCAGCCGUUCCAAGACCUCUCCAGCGGAACUCGUCAUGGAAGCGCUACAAGCACCCGAAGCCUCUCGACUCACAAUGCACGCCGGGCACACGCCCAACCAUUCGCUAUCCACAUUCCAAUCCGCUGUUGCCACAGACGCGUCGAACACUGCCGGUAGUUCGGGCGCCUCGACGCCUACGCACAGUCAGAGAGACACGGACAUCAAAGGCAAGUCUAUUGCCGAGGCGGGAAUUACGGGCAAAGAUGGGCAGCAGGAUACGGUUGAAGGGCACCCCGAUGCAUUGUUGAGACCUAGUGACGACGAUCGCGAACUUAGCGGGCCCUUGUCACUGAGAAACCAGCAGGCAUUUGAUGAGAUCUUUCUGGGCAAGGUUGCAGAUAAACUGCAGGACUCGAUUCAGAGUGAUAAUGCGACCCCAACUGUUCUCAAGACUGGCCUCUCUGAGCCUGAGGAUGGCUCUUCGUACUUUCCACAACCGAAAGCCGUGGUGGGCGAUGACGAUUCGGCGGAAAAUGACCAGCCGAGUCAACCAGACGAGGCUGGCGAGAUCCCGCUCAAAUUCAAGAACAACAGCAACUUUGGCGCUCCAUUGGGAACUCUGAAUGGCUUCUAG